UUACGGCCAUUUUUGACUGAAGAGGACGUGGACCUCGCGUGAAUAUUAUAUUGAAAAAAUAUAGCGAUGGCAGAAGGAACAAAUGAUGACUUGGCAACAGCUAUCCUUAAGCCAAAGGAGCGGCCAAACAGGCUUCUUGUGGAAGAAGCUAUCAAUGAAGACAACUCUGUUGUAUCACUUUCGCAGACUAAAAUGGAUGAGCUCCAGCUGUUCCGUGGAGACACAGUCCUUCUGAAGGGCAAGAGACGUAAGGAAACUGUAUGCAUUGUGUUAUCAGAUGAUACAGUUACUGAUGACAAAAUCAGAAUCAACAGAUGUGUCAGAAACAACUUGAGAGUUCGUUUGGGAGAUGUUGUGAGCAUCCAAGCCUGCCCAGAUGUAAAAUAUGGAAAGAGGAUCCAUGUUCUACCAAUUGAUGACACAGUGGAAGGACUCACUGGAAAUAUUUUCGAGGUGUACCUCAAGCCAUACUUCAUGGAAGCAUACAGGCCCAUAAAAAAAGGAGACAUAUUCCUUAUCCGUGGAGGGAUGAGAGGUGUGGAGUUCAAAGUGAUUGCAACAGACCCUGAUCCAUACUGUAUUGUAGCACCAGAGACUGUUAUCCAUUGUGAAGGGGAACCAGUCAAGAGAGAGGAGGAGGAAGAAGCUCUAAAUGAGGUUGGCUAUGAUGACAUUGGAGGAUGCAGAAAACAACUUGCUCAGAUUAAAGAAAUGGUAGAGUUACCCCUGCGACAUCCACAGCUCUUUAAAGCUAUUGGUGUGAAGCCCCCUCGAGGUAUCCUGCUGUACGGACCACCAGGAACUGGUAAAACUCUCAUUGCUAGAGCUGUGGCUAAUGAAACGGGUGCCUUCUUCUUUCUCAUAAAUGGUCCUGAAAUUAUGAGUAAGUUAGCUGGAGAAUCUGAAAGCAACCUUCGGAAAGCCUUUGAAGAGGCAGAGAAAAAUGCACCAGCCAUCAUCUUUAUUGAUGAGUUGGAUGCAAUCGCACCAAAGAGAGAAAAGACGCACGGAGAGGUAGAAAGAAGAAUUGUAUCACAACUUCUCACACUCAUGGAUGGUUUGAAACAGAGAUCCCAUGUCAUUGUUAUGGCAGCCACUAACAGACCUAACAGCAUUGAUACAGCUUUGAGAAGAUUUGGACGAUUCGACAGGGAAGUUGACAUUGGUAUCCCUGAUGCCACUGGACGUUUGGAAAUCCUACGCAUUCACACAAAGAACAUGAAACUUGGUGAUGAUGUAGAUCUGGAACAGGUUGCCUCAGAGACCCAUGGACAUGUUGGUGCAGAUUUGGCUGCUCUUUGUUCAGAGGCUGCUCUUCAGCAAAUUCGAGAAAAGAUGGAUCUCAUUGACUUAGAAGAUGACACGAUAGACGCUGAAGUACUUGACUCUUUAGCUGUGACCAUGGAAGAUUUCAGGUGGGCUUUGGGAAAGAGCAACCCAAGUGCUCUCAGGGAAACUGCCGUAGAGGUGCCAAGUGUCACAUGGGAUGAUGUUGGUGGUUUGGAAAAUGUCAAAAAGGAACUCCAGGAAUUAGUUCAGUAUCCAGUAGAACAUCCAGAGAAAUUCAUGAAGUUUGGAAUGACACCCUCAAAAGGUGUUCUGUUCUAUGGUCCACCUGGAUGUGGUAAAACUUUGCUGGCUAAGGCCAUUGCUAAUGAAUGCCAAGCCAACUUUAUCUCAAUCAAAGGUCCAGAACUGUUAACCAUGUGGUUUGGAGAGUCAGAAGCCAAUGUCAGAGACAUUUUUGAUAAGGCUCGAUCUGCUGCACCUUGUGUCCUGUUCUUCGAUGAGUUAGAUUCCAUAGCAAAAGCCAGAGGUGGAAAUGCAGGAGAUGGAGGUGGUGCUGCAGACAGAGUUAUCAACCAGCUGCUUACAGAGAUGGAUGGUAUGAGUGCAAAGAAAAAUGUUUUCAUCAUUGGAGCCACAAACAGACCAGAUAUCAUUGAUCCAGCCAUUCUGCGACCUGGUCGUCUUGACCAACUGAUCUACAUUCCUCUUCCUGACAGCAAAUCUAGAGUUUCUAUUCUCAAGGCCAACCUCAGGAAAUCACCUGUUUCUAAGGAUGUUGAUGUGGAAUACCUAGCUAAGGUCACACAGGGCUUCAGUGGUGCUGAUCUAACUGAGAUCUGUCAGAGGGCAUGUAAACUGGCCAUCCGACAGUCUAUAGAGGCAGAAAUUAGGAUGGAGAGGGAACGUGCCAACAACCCUGAUGCAGAUAUGGAAACAGAGGACUAUGACCCUGUACCAGAAAUAUCAAGAGCUCACUUUGAGGAGUCAAUGAAAUUUGCCAGGAGAUCAGUCAAUGACAAUGACAUCAGGAAAUACGAAAUGUUUGCACAGACCUUGCAACAGAGUAGAGGAUUUGGAGGAAACUUCAGAUUCCCAGGACAAAGUGAAGGCAGAAAUGAGCCAAGGCAAGGUGGAAAUUCUGGAGGAAACUUCAAUGAACAAGAUGAUGAUGACCUCUACAGUUAAACAUAGAUUUCUUCAUAACCAGGAUAUCCCAAUUCAUACUCGGAUAACAACAUCUCUUUAAUGUGACAUUAUAUGAAAUGCAUCACUAACAUCAAUGUAAGUUGUGAAGAUUUCCUGUGUCGUCUUCUUCGCAGCAUGAGUUGUUGAGCAUACUUUUUUCAUUCAUACAGACUUGGGAUUAUACUGCCAUGAUGUCUUCGAUGUUAUUUAUUCACCUUUAUAAAUCAUUUUAUGUGCAUAGUAAGUUUUUGUCAGAAAAAUAAUCAUUGAGUUCCUAACACUGCAUUGUUUGUUCUUAAUCUUGAUUCAUAAUUGUGUUCUCAAUUAGCUGUUUUUAAGGAGUGUACAGUUAUUGUUGCAACACCAUCAUAACAGUAUGCUUUGUGUAAUUGAAAUGGAGGCAAGUGAUUGGAAUAUUCUUCUCACAAAAAUUGACUCUGCAGAACACAAGUUGAAUAGAAGAUCCAACUCUGAAAAUAACAUUUUGGAUUGAAGAUUCAACGAGGCACAAAUGGAUGAUUCAUGUUCUUUGUUGGUUAGUAUAAGUUUUUAUAGAAGUAUCAUUUAACAGGUAUUUUUGUUUCUGUAAAUGGAUUACCUCCCUUUAAACCUUAAAGUACAGGUUAUACGUCUCUUGGGCUUAAUUUAUUGUACUAUUAUUUUUCCAUUUUAUAUAUCCAGUGUAUAUAGAUUCAAUUAAGUUGUCCUGACUGAUCAGAUAGCCACCAUUGGCUAUAUCUGGUGUUUGAAACAAAUAUAUUAGAUGCACGAAAAUGAUGAUUUUGAUGAAUGCUUUUGUUGAUACCGUAGCUUUUUUGAAGGUGAAUGCACACAUUUAUAUAUAAUUCCAGUGAUGAUAUCUGGGGUCAUUGAUGCUUUGUCUUGUGAUGUCAGUAGUGCUAUGUAAGAAGAGAGUAAAGGACAAAUCUUGUCAUUGAUCACAGAUGGUCUGAAAUGUGAUUGAAAAAAAAAUGAAUAAAAAGUUCCUGAAAAUA